CAGGACACGUCAAAUCCCUCUCCAUUAUUGUGUCCAUUUUAUCCAUUAAUCCAUUUAAAAAAAAAAGAAAACAUGGGAAGCCAAACAAGGCCUUGUGAUGACGUCAUUUUCCGGUCGAAGCUACCGGACAUCGACAUCCCGACGAACCUCCCUCUCCACUCGUACUGCUUCGAGAACGUCUCUGGGGAUCGCCGGUGCCUGAUCGACGGGCCCACAGGGAGAGUCUACACGUACAGCGAGGUGGAGCUGAUGUCGAGAAAGGUGGGGUCCGGGCUGAGGAGGCAGGGGAUCAUGCAGCAUGACACAGUCAUGAUCCUCCUCCCCAACUCGCCCGAAUACGUGUUCACCUUCCUCGGCGCCUCCUUCAUCGGCGCCGUGUCGACAAUGGCCAACCCACUGUUCAUGGCGGCGGAGGUGGCCAAGCAGGCCAAGGCGGCCGGCGCCAAGCUAGUGGUGACGCAAGCUUGUUACGUCCAUAAAGUUAGAGACUUUGCAAGGGAGCAUGGUGCCAAGAUUGUGUGCGUAGAAUCGGAGGCACCGGAGGGAUGCGUGAGCUUCUCGGAGCUGGCGGAGGCCGACGAGCGGGAGAUGCCGGAGGCGGAGAUCGAGCCGGACGACGUGGUGGCGCUGCCGUACUCCUCCGGGACGACGGGGCUGCCGAAGGGGGUGAUGCUGACGCACAAGGGGCUAGUCACGAGCGUGGCCCAGCAACAAGUCGACGGCCCAAACCCGAAUUUGUAUUUCCAUAACGAGGACGUGAUCCUCUGCGUGCUUCCGCUGUUCCACAUAUACUCCCUCAACUCCGUUUUGCUAUGCGGGUUGCGGGUCGGGGCGGCCAUUUUGAUCAUGCCCAAAUUCGAUAUCGUCCCGUUUUUCGAGCUGAUUGAGAAGUACAAAGUUACGAUUGGGCCCUUUGUCCCGCCUAUUGUUUUGGCCAUUGCUAAAAGUCCCUACGUGGGCAAUUAUGACCUUUCCUCUGUUCGGACCGUUAUGUCCGGCGCCGCCCCGCUUGGGAAGGAGCUUGAAGACGCCGUUAGAGCCAAGUUUCCCAACGCCAAGCUUGGACAGGGCUACGGGAUGACGGAAGCAGGACCUGUGCUAUCAAUGUGUUUAGCCUUCGCAAAAAAGCCGUUCGAGAUAAAAUCAGGGGCUUGUGGGACGGUGGUUCGAAAUGCGGAAAUGAAGAUUUUGGAUCCGGAUACCGGGGCGUCUUUGACCCGGAAUCGACCCGGUGAGAUUUGCAUUAGGGGAGACCAAAUCAUGAAAGGUUAUUUAAAUGACAUAGAAGCAACAGAGAGAACAAUAGACAAAGAAGGUUGGUUACAUACAGGAGACAUCGGAUAUAUCGACGAUGACGAUGAACUUUUCAUCGUCGACAGGCUCAAAGAGCUAAUAAAGUACAAAGGGUAUCAAGUCGCACCGGCCGAGCUCGAGGCCUUGUUGCUUAAUCAUCCGCUCAUCUCAGAUGCUGCUGUUGUCUCCAUGAAAGAUGAGCAAUCUGGAGAAGUGCCAGUUGCAUUUGUUGUUAGAUCAUAUGGAUCUGUCAUCACCGAGGAAGAAAUUAAAGAUUUUGUCUCUAAACAGGUGAUAUUCUACAAGAGGAUAAAGAAGGUGUUUUUUGUAGAUUUAGUUCCCAAAUCUCCAGCAGGGAAAAUUCUAAGGAAGGAACUGAGGGCAAAAUUGGCAAUUGGAGUUCAAGCUUAGUCCUUGGAGGAGUGUUCAUAUAUAUUGUGAAAGUAAAUGCAUGUUGUAUUUGUUUUUUUUCGUUUUCCAAUACACUUUUAGCCAUUUUGUCUACAAGAUGAGUUCUUUGACUUCUUUCUUUUACAAAUAGUUUCACAUUUUAAUUUCACGAAAUUUUUAAAAUAUUUGAAAAGUGAAAAGUAUGAAAGAAAUUUGUUAGGAAGAGAGGAAAAUAUUGUGAGUUACAUAUCAUGUAAAAUGAAUAAGAGAAGUGUAUUCCUUAUUUUACCACUACAAGAAAUGGUCUGAAUUGCA